UGACAAGCUGGCACAACUACAACUAGCUGUCGGACAUUGAAACUAAAUAUCUGGUUGUUGGACUUGAGUGCUGCAGUGCUGCUGCUACGGCUGGUUUAAUUUGACUCCUUUUGUAAGAACUCGUGAUUAGUUCUAAUCAAGGAUAAGAAAGAUAGAUUUCUGUUAAAAAGUAAACAUCUAGAUGAGUCACCAUGCCGACCGGAUCAGUGAAACUGCAAAGCAUUAAAAAACUGGGACAGGAUAACCACAGCUAUGACUUUUCAGAUGAAGAACCAGCUGGCUCCUAUAUGACCACGACAACUUCCAAGGAUAACGACAAAAAUCAGGGAAAUGACGGGCAACCGGCGAUAAGGGUUGGCUUCUUUCAGCUGUUCCGUUUCGCCAAAUGCAAGGACGUGCUGAUGAUGGUAGUGGGCAGUGUGUGUGCGGUGCUGCACGGCUCGGCCCAGCCCCUCAUGCUGCUGGUGUUCGGCCUGCUCACCGACACCUUCAUCGAGUACGACAUCGAGCUCAAUGAGCUGAGCGACGACAGAAAGGAGUGUGUGAACAACACCAUCCAGUGGAAGAAGAACUACACCGAGGGGAUCGGCCUGAUGACGCCACUGAACCAGUCGGACUGGAGCUUCAUGAACAAUUCAACAUGGGAGAUGCUCACACCGCUGGAGGGCAGGCCGUGUGGGCUUCUUGACAUCGAAUAUGAAAUGACCCUAUUUGCCUUCUAUUAUGUUGGAAUUGGAGCAGCUGUGUUCCUGCUGGGAUACUUUCAGAUCUCCCUGUGGGUGAUGGCCGCUGCCAGGCAGAUUCAGGUCGUCAGGAAGUUGUACUUCAGCAGAGUGAUGAGGAUGGAGAUCGGCUGGUUCGACUGCACCUCUGUAGGGGAGCUCAACACUCGCAUGUCAGAUGAUAUCAACAAGAUCAACGAUGCCAUUGCGGAUCAAGUUGCCAUUUUCUUGCAGCGCUUCACCACCUUUGUGUGUGGUUUCUGCAUUGGCUUUGUGAAAGGGUGGAAGUUAACACUUGUCAUUGUCGCAGCAAGUCCAAUGAUCGGAGUUGGAGCUGCUCUUAUGGCUCUGUUUGUGGCUAAGCUAACAGGGAUGGAGCUGCAGGCCUACGCCAAAGCUGGAGCUGUAGCGGAUGAGGUCCUCACCUCCAUCAGAACUGUGGCUGCUUUCGGUGGGGAGAAAAAAGAAGUGCUAAGGUACGACAGGAACCUGAUCUCAGCGCAGCGCUGGGGCAUCAGGAAGGGUCUGAUCAUUGGUUUUUUCACCGGAUAUAUGUGGCUGAUCAUCUUUCUGUGCUAUGGUCUGGCCUUCUGGUAUGGCUCCAGCCUGGUGGUGAACACUGGGGAGUACACACCAGGAACCCUACUGCAGGUGUUCUUUGGUGUUUUGAUAGCAGCCAUGAAUUUGGGGCAGGCCUCCUCAUGUCUAGAGGCAUUUGCUGCAGGCCGUGGAGCUGCUACCCUCAUAUUUGAGACUAUUGAGAGGGAGCCGGAGAUUGAUUGUCUAUCCGAGGCUGGAUAUAAGCUUGACAGGGUCAAAGGAGAUAUUGAGUUUCAUAAUGUGACCUUCUACUACCCCUCCAGACCUGACGUCAAGAUCCUGGACCAGCUCAAUGUUGCAGUGAAGUCAGGGGAGACCACAGCCUUUGUCGGUCCGAGUGGAGCCGGGAAGAGUACUGCUAUUCAGCUCAUCCAGCGCUUCUAUGACCCUAAAGAGGGCAUGGUGACCCUGGACGGUCAUGACAUCAGAGGGUUGAACAUCCAAUGGCUGCGCUCGCUGAUUGGCAUUGUGGAGCAGGAGCCGGUGCUGUUUGCCACCACCAUUGCUGAGAAUUUGCGCUAUGGUCGACCCAACGUCUCCAUGGAAGAUAUCGUCAGUGCUGCGAAGGAAGCCAACGCCUACAACUUCAUCAUGGACCUGCCACAGCAAUUCAACACCUUGGUGGGGGAGGGUGGAGGUCAGAUGAGCGGCGGUCAGAAGCAGCGUAUUGCCAUUGCUCGAGCACUGGUCAGGAAACCUCGUAUCCUGCUGCUGGACAUGGCAACGUCUGCCCUUGACAACGAGAGCGAGGCUAUAGUUCAAGAAGCUUUGGAUAAUGUACGCAAGGGUCGCACCACCAUCUCUAUCGCUCACCGGCUGUCCACCAUAAAAAACGCUGAUGUGAUUGUUGGCUUCGAGCACGGCCGAGCUGUUGAAAAGGGCAAACACAAUGAGCUGCUGGAGAGGAAGGGAGUCUACUUCACUCUGGUCACCCUGCAGAGCCAAGGAGACAAGGCUCUGAAUGAGAAGGCUCGGCAAAUGGCUGACGAUGAAGAAGAGCAAGAGAGGCUAAACCUAUCCAGAGCAGGCAGCUACAGGGCCAGUUUGAGAGCCUCUAUCCGCCAGCGGUCCCGAUCUCAGCUGUCCAAUCUGAUGCCGGAAUCUUUUGCUCCCAUCGCUAUAGAGCGUGGCCCCAGAGACGCUGUGUCACAGGCAGACAAAUCUGAGAAUGCCAUCCCAGAGGAGGAAAUUGUGGAGCCUGCUCCAGUUGGUAGGAUCCUGAAGUACAACAUACCUGAGUGGCCCUACAUGCUUUUUGGAUCCUUUGGUGCAGCCAUAAAUGGAGGGGUCAACCCCGUCUACUCUCUGCUGUUCAGUCAAAUCCUGGCGACAUUCUCAGUAACAGAUCCUGUGGCUCAGAGGAAGGAGAUUGAUAGUAUCUGCCUGUUCUUUGUCGUGAUUGGCGUGGUCUCUUUCUUCACACAGAUGCUGCAGGGAUAUGCUUUCUCCAAAUCUGGAGAGCUGCUGACACGCAGGUUACGGCGGCUCGGCUUCCACGCCAUGCUGGGCCAAGAAAUUGGCUGGUUUGACGAUCACAGGAACAGUCCCGGAGCUCUGACCACACGUCUGGCGACUGAUGCUUCACAAGUUCAAGGAGCCACGGGCUCGCAGAUCGGCAUGAUUGUCAACUCUCUGACCAACAUCGGUGUGGCCGUCCUCAUGUCCUUCUACUUCAGCUGGAAGCUCACGCUGCUCAUCCUGUGCUUCCUGCCAUUCAUCGCUCUGUCUGGUGGCUUUCAGGCUAAGAUGCUAACGGGGUUCGCCAAGCAGGACAAGGAGGCGAUGGAGGUCGCAGGACGGAUUUCCGGCGAGGCACUGAACAACAUCCGCACCAUCGCAGGCCUGGGGAAAGAGAAGAUUUUUGUGGACAUGUACGAGGCCCAGCUAGACGGUCCAUACCAAGCGGCGCUGAAAAAAGCAAAAGUGUACGGAGCCUGCUAUGGUUUCGCCCAGUGUGUCAUCUUCUUGACCAACUCCGCCUCCUACAGGUUUGGAGGUUACUUGGUGCAGCAGGAGGGGCUCCAUUUCAGCUUGGUGUUCAGGGUCAUCUCAGCCAUCGUCACCAGUGGCACCGCCCUUGGCAAAGCCUCCUCUUACACACCAGACUACGCCAAGGCCAAGAUUUCAGCUGCACGUUUCUUCCAGCUGCUGGAUCGUGUUCCUCAGAUCAGCGUCUACAGCGAUACAGGAGAUAAAUGGGAUAACUUCCAAGGGAACAUUGAGUUCAUUGACUGUAAGUUCACCUACCCCACCAGGCCAGACAUCCAGGUCCUGAAUGGGCUGAAUGUGUCGGUGAAGCCCGGCCAGACGCUGGCCUUUGUGGGCAGCAGCGGCUGCGGGAAGAGCACCAGCGUUCAGCUGCUGGAGAGGUUUUAUGAUCCUGACCACGGCAGAGUGCUGAUUGAUGGCCAUGACUCGACUCGUGUCAGCGUGCCCUUCCUGCGUUCCAAGAUUGGCAUCGUGUCCCAGGAGCCCAUCUUGUUUGACUGCAGCAUCGAGGAGAACAUCAAGUACGGUGACAACUCGCGGGAAAUCAGCAUGAAUGAGGUCAUCUCUGCCGCUAAGAAAGCCCAACUUCACGACUUUGUCAUGUCACUUCCUGAGAAAUACGACACGAACGUCGGGGCCCAGGGUUCUCAGUUGUCUCGCGGUCAGAAGCAGCGCAUCGCCAUCGCCAGAGCGAUCAUACGUGACCCCAAGAUCCUGCUCCUGGAUGAGGCCACCUCUGCCCUGGACACUGAGAGCGAGAAGACCGUGCAAGAGGCUCUGGACAAAGCCAGAGAGGGCCGAACGUGCAUCGUUAUCGCCCAUCGCCUGUCUACCAUUCAGAACUCGGACAUUAUCGCCGUCAUGUCCAGGGGCUUUGUGAUCGAGAAAGGGCCGCAUGACCAGCUCAUGGCCCUGAAGGGAGCUUACUACAAGCUGGUUACCACGGGAGCACCAAUCAGCUAACUGCUCAGGCAAACAGUAGCUGAUUAGCAAGGCAGCCAAGAGAAACAAAUGUAAGGAGCAGUGUUAAUGCCGUAAAUCGAGGAAAAGACCAUGACUGGAAGUAUGCUAAAGAAUGUAAAGAAAGAAAGAUACACCUGUUCAUUCUUUCAGUAUUUAUUUUUGGGUUUGGAUCCUGUUAUAAAGAGAGCGGUUUUGUGAGUCACAUACCCAAUUCUGGGGUAUUUUAUAAGCAGGAUAUUUUUGCCGACGUUGGGCAAAAACUCCAUAAUAACUUCCCAGCAUAUUGUAAAUCAAGUGGUCUGAGAGAAAACUAGACUUUUGCACCUCCUCUUGGCUCAGUUUUCAGGCUUUAGAAAAUCUAGCCCGUGAUGAGAGACUUUGGCCAAUGACAGGUCAUUUCAGAGUGAGGCAGAGAGCGUUCCUAUUUGAAGUGGAUCCCACAGUUCAAGGUCUUCUGUGCCAAACCAGUCCUUUGGUUAGUGGUAAUGGGCCUAUGAGCUGCUUUACAACCAACAACAAAUCUAAAGACAUGAAGAAGUUCAAUUUCACGCAAUGCUGGAUUCAACUAAAUAUUAUUUAUGUUAUUCAUGUCCAAAGAAAUUCAAAACAAUAUAAUGUUAUGUGUCUUAUGUACAGUAGAGUAUGUGCCUCUGGAUAAUUCAAUGUAAUUGCUUUAUCAGAUGUAUUCCUUCUCCAAGCUCCUGAAUGUGUGUUUUUCUUUUUCACUGUCAUCUGAUUGUAACUUUAAUGCUGUAUGUAUGGUCCUAUGUUUUAUGCUUUAUGUGGGAAUUGAAUAAAACAAUGAAAGUGUCUUAGCUUG